AUGAGUGAUGUCAAGAUAUUUGGAAAGUCAAAAAGUCUUGAAUUACGAGCAGAAUUGGAUCAAGCAUUCAAGAAAUCAAAACCAAUUCCUCGAGUCAAAACUGUCUUACGUAAAAUAUUAGCCAAUAUAAUUUUAAACAAUAAUGAAGUAGCAGAUAUGAUGUCUGAUGUUAUACCAUUAUUAAAAUUGGAUGAUAUGGAAGUACGUAAGCUUUGUUUAGAAUUUAUUGCAACAUAUUCCAACAAUACUCAAUCUGACGAUUCCUUGAAUGCAAUCCCAUAUUUAGAAAAGUUAAGUGAAAGUCCUUCUCCUAUAUUAAGAGCAUUGGUGAUAAGAGCUAUUUCUUCAGUUAGAAGAAGAGAAUUUAUAGACGUCGGGGUAUCUUUGGCAACUCGUAUGAUUAAAGAUCCUGAUCCUUAUGUAAGGAAAACAACAGCAUUUUCAAUCGCCAGAUUGUAUCAAUAUGAUCAUGGAGCAGUUGAAAGAGAAAAUUUGGUAGAUGAAUUGAAUAAAUUACUUUAUGAUGAUGAUCAACUUGUGGUUGCAAAUGCUUUAGCCGCUUUAAGUUCAAUUACUGAAAAUAGUAAGACUUUAACUUUAAAGAUUGAUAAAGCACAUUCAUUACAAUUGAUCUCUUUCUUGGAUUCUACAAAUGAAUGGCAUCAAAUAUAUUUAUUAAAUGCAUUAAUGUCAUAUGUACCUCAACGUGAAACUGAAGCUUUGGAUUUAAUAGAAGCUGUACUUCCAUCUUUACAACAUGAGAAUGCAGCAGUUGUAUUAAAUGCAAUUAAAAUCAUAAUAUAUUAUUCAAAAUAUGUGAAAAAUCCUGAAUUAAAAUUACCAAUUUUACCUAAAAGAUUAGGAACAUCAUUAAUAUCACUUUUAUCGAAAACUCCUGAAGUUCAAUUUCUUGUAUUAAGAAAUGUGAUUUUAUUACUUUUAGGUAAUAAAGAAUUAGUUCAUUUUGAAGUGGAAAUGUUUUAUUGUCGAUUCGACGAUCCAAUAUACGUUAAAGAUACAAAGCUUGAAAUCAUUUACUUGUUAGCAAAUGAACAAAAUGUUGGCCUGGUCUUACUUGAACUAGAAGAAUAUGCAACAGAAGUAGAUAUACCAAUGGCACGAAAAGCUAUAAGAGCUUUUGGAAAUCUUGCUGUGAAAUUAGAAAAUGCAGCUUCACAAUGUGUUGAGAUUAUAUGUGAUUUAAUGUCUCAUGGGAUCUCGUAUAUUGUACAAGAAUCGACCAUUGCCAUCAAGAAUAUAUUACGAAAAUAUCCUGGCGAAUUCAAUUUCGCAAUUAAUGAAUUAAUUAAGCAUUAUCAUUUAAUUGAUGAACCAGAUGCCAAAACAGCUUUAAUCUGGAUUGUGGGACAAUAUUGUGAAAUUAUUGAGGAAGAUACAGUUCAGAUGUUGGAUGAUUUUAUUUCUAGUUUUAAAGAUGAUCCAAUCGAAGUUCAAUAUGCCACCUUGACUGCUGCUACCAAAUAUUAUUUAAAAUAUCCUACAAGAGGUGAAUCUAUAGUAUUGAGAGUUUUGAAAUGGGCGACUGAAGAAGUAGAUAAUCCUGAUAUAAGAGAUCGAGGAUAUAUCUAUUGGAGACUUAUAUCAUCAGAGCAUGCGACUAGCGCAGAUGGAGAAUUCCAAGAGAAUACAAAGAAAAUCAUCUUGAAUUCAAAUCCUGUAAUUUCAUCUGAAAACGAUUCAAUACAUCCUGCAAUUCUUGAAGAAUUGGAUUUGAAUAUUGGAACAUUAGCAUCUAUUUAUUUAAAACCGGUUCACACCGUAUUUAGGAGUGCAAAGAGGAAGACACUUCCAAUUAGUCCUGCAUUACAAAGAAAAGGUGGGAAGGAGCAGCAACAUCUUGAACCGGUGCAACCCGAAAGACCAACACUGAGAACAGCAUCUCCUGCAAUUGAGAUAAACAGACGAAUGUCAUAUAGAAGAACCAAUAGUGAUAAUGUCACGACUCUCAGAACAAUGACGACAGCAUCUGCUCGUGAGAAUAGUCUUACAUCUAAAAAGGACAAAUUUUCCAAAAGGUUUUCACGAACAGCAUCUUUAAUUAAAGGAAAAAUUUCCAAUAAGAAUUAA